AUGGGGCUGCUCUAUCGCCUCGGACUUGCGACGGCGGUAGUUGCUCUGCUUUCUAGACCCACAACUGCCUCCGAGCCGCGCUGCUUUCCAACUGAUUUCCUCUUUGGGUCGGCUACGGCAUCCUAUCAGGUGGAAGGUGCCUGGAGUGAGGAUGGCCGCACGCCGAGUAUAUGGGACGAUUUCUGCCGCCAGCAGCCUGGAUUCCAGUGUGCCAAUGUCGCCAACGACUUCUACCAUCGCUACGCAGACGACAUCAAGCUCAUGGUGGAGACAGGGCUGCAGUCCUUCCGCUUCUCCGUGUCGUGGUCGCGCGUGAUGAAUUGGGACCCGGAAACUCGCCGCAUGCAGCGGAACGCCCCCGGUCUGGUCUUCUACCACGCGCUGCUGGAUAAACUGAUCGAAAACGGCAUCUCCCCGAUUCUCACGAUCUACCAUUGGGACCUGCCCACGGAGCUGCACAACGAGCUGGCUCCGCAAGGCUGGGAGAAUCCUGACAUCAUCGACCACUUCGUGCAGUAUUCGACACUGCUCUACCAUGAGUUUGGCGACAAAGUGGACUUCUGGACGACAUUCAACGAGCCUCUGUCGUUCGUUGUGUACGGCUACAACACGGGCCUGCAUCCGCCAGGCUUCCACGACUCCGCCACACUAGUCUACAAGGUGGCGCACAACGUCUUGCUGUCGCACGGAUACGCAGUGCAGAAGUUCCGCGAGCUCAAGUCCGGCGGCGUCAUCCAGUCCAAGGCUCGCAUUGGCAUCGUUCUCAACGCUAACCAGUUCUAUCCGGUCGAUGCCAACAAUCCGAGCGACGUGGAGGCAACGGAGCGCGCGAUGAAUUUUGAGUUCGGUUGGUGGCUCCUACCGAUCACCACAGGCGACUACCCUGCUGUGAUGCGCGAGCGCGUUGGUGACCGUCUCCCCCGCUUCACAGCGGACGAGGCUGCUAUUCUCAAGGGCUCUUACGACGUGUUCAUGCUCAACCACUACUUCUCACGGGCCGUCACGGAUUGCGACUCAGAGGCAUCCAGCACUCCAUGUUUUUCGCUCCACGUAGGCUUCGGCCAGGACAAGGGUGUCGACGACUCUCAACUCGUGCCAGGCUCACGCCCGGGACUACAGGACAGCAAGGGCAACAAUUACUGCAAGUCGUACACGGCCUACCCACCCGGAUACUUGGACACGAUCAAGUGGAUGCACGCCAAGGACCCGUCGGCAAAGAUCCUGCUAACUGAGAAUGGCUGGUGUGGAGAUGAUGAAGUGGACAAUUGGACGCAGCUCUGGUUUUUCCAAUCGUACACUGAGCAGGUCUACAAAGCUGUCGUCGAGGAGAAGAUCCCAGUGAUCGGCUAUACGGCGUGGAGUUUUCUGGACAACUACGAGUGGGGCUCGUAUGGCCCCCGAUUCGGCUUGUACUAUGUGAAUUUCACGGAGGAGACGGGAUCACCGGACUUUGAGAAACCCAAGCCGACGGACUUGCAGCGCAUCGCACGUCCGUCCGCCAAGUGGCUCAGUAAGGUGGCGUCCACGGGAUGUCUGGACGAGUUGCCACAUAAACAGGAGACCGCUGCCGUUAUCAUGCGUGCUGCAGCGAGAGAGGAGCCCUCGGUGAUCACUGGGGCGGCAUUUUCUAUCGAGCUGUUCGUUGGCGCAGUGGCCGCAGCCGUCGGUACUGUCGUGCUCGCAGCCGCAACGUGGCGACGUCGUCAGGGAUACUCGGUCAUCCCACGCCUCUCCACCAUCUGA